CUCCCUCUCCGGCUCAUGCCAUCAAUAGAACUACCCCAGGCCUACCAGCAUGCAACAAAAGCUAGAGAGCUCUCCUAGGCUGAUUCAAAACCAAUACAAGUGGUUUAAAUAUAAAAUGAAAUUUUCAAUAACUCUAUAUGACGUCUUGCAACUGAAGCAAAAGUGGCGUUCAUAUUUGUGUGAGCAAAAUACUGUGGAUAGGCUACAAUACGGGCACAACAACCUCUCGUGAAAUAGCCUCAUCUCAGGUCAUGACAGCGAUCGCAACUGCAUAUUCUUUCAGUGACUCCGAUCAGGGUGAGAUCAGAGGAGACCUCUGAAACAUUUUAGCUGCUGCCAUUUUAUAAUGGGUCGUAAUUCUUAUAAUUGCGUGUCAAAUACAGCAGUUUGUAGCCUGGGGCCUUGUGGCGGGCUAGCUACAACACAUAUCUAGCUGAACGAGCCAUUUUAGCGAGACGUUGCACUUUUAAUCCUUUUCGUUGUCCGGUUUCUGGAGCCUUGCCAACAACAGCCAAUGAAAAAUAACUGCAAAUAUACAAUAACAUGUCGACGUGAAGCAGCUGUUUUCCAUGAAGUGCUUCCUGUAGUUUAGAGCCACAGGGAAAGGAUGGAGUGCGUCCGACGUAAAAGAAGAUUGCAAGGAGGUGAGCACACCCAGAAGAUGAGGAAUUUAAGAUGUGGCGUGCUGGACGACGCGGACGUGCGGGUGAUGCUCCGCGGCUCCAGCAUGGUGAAGGUGCGGUCGCAGCGCUGGCAGAAGAGCCGCAGCCUCCGGCUGCUGGAGGACGGCGUCACCGUGUGGUGCGAGUCCAGCAAGAGCUCCCGCAGGGCCAAGGCUCAGCAGACCUUCGCGGUGACGGAGGUGGAGUGCGUGCGCGAGGGCUGCCAGUCGGAGGCGCUGCGGACGCUGUGCGGGUCAGUGCCGGAGGGCCAGUGCUUCACCGUGGUGUUCCGGGGCGGGCGGAAGAGCCUGGACCUCUGCUGCCCCACGGAGCAGGAGGCCCGGAGCUGGGUCCGCGGCAUCCGCACCCUCCAGGACCGCGUGUCCGGCAUGACCCAGAAGGAGAAACUGGACCACUGGAUCCAGGGCUUCCUGCGGCGGGCGGACCAGAACCAGGACGGGAAGAUGAGCUACGAGGAGGUGAAGCGGCUGCUCCAGAUGAUCAACAUCGACCUGAGCGAGCAGUACGCCCGCUCGCUCUUCAAGAAGUGUGACCGCUCGGGGGACGGGCGUCUGGACCACGUGGAGAUCGAGGAGUUCUGCAGGGAGCUCCUCCGCCGGCCCGAGCUCGACUCCGUCUUCCGCCGUUACUCCGGCAACGGCUGCGUGCUGACCACCGCCGAGCUGCGCGACUUCCUGGGAGACCAGGGGGAGGACGCCUCGCUGGACCACGCCCAGAACCUCAUCCUCAAAUACGAGCUCAACACCUGGGCUCAGAAGCACCAGCUGAUGACGCAGAACGGGUUCACCAUGUACAUGCUGUCCCAAGAGAACGACGUGUUCAACCCCGCCCACUCCGAGGUCUACCAGGACAUGACCCUCCCCCUGUCCCACUACUUCAUCUCCUCUUCGCACAACACCUACCUCACCAAGGACCAGGUCACCAGCGCCAGCAGCACCGAGCCCUACAUCAGGGCUCUGAAUCAAGGCUGCCGCUGCGUGGAGCUGGACUGCUGGGACGGGGACCGAGGCGAGCCGGUCAUCUACCACGGCCACACCCUCACCUCCAAGGUGACCUUCAGGGAGGUGAUUGAGACCAUCGCCCAGUACGCCUUCACGGCCUCUCCUUACCCCCUGAUCCUGUCUCUGGAGAACCACUGCUCCGUGGAGCAGCAGGCAGUGAUGGCCCGAGACCUGCGCUCCAUCCUGGGGGACAGACUCCUGAGCAAGCCCCUGAACAGCCAGCCCCUGGAGCAGCUGCCCUCCCCAGCUGAACUGAAGGGGCGGAUCCUAGUGAAGGGAAAGAAGGAACAAGGUAAGCUGGGGAAGAUGGACAGCUGCUCAUGGUCCUCCUCCAGCUCUGAGGACGAAUCGGGGGGCGGGGGCGGGAGCAAAUCCAAAGGAAAGAAAGACCCUGGGAAGCCCGUCCCGUCGUCGAAGCUGAGCCCGGAGCUGUCGGCUCUGGUGGUGUACUGCAGCAGCGUUCCCUUCCACGGGUUCGAGCACGCCGCGAAGAAGCCCCCCAGCAACAUGUCGUCCUUCUCCGAGAACAGCGCCCUCCGCCACAUCAAGGACUCAGGAAACCUGUUCGUCCGGCACAACAGCAAGUACCUGAGCCGGAUCUACCCGUCCGGCCAGCGGCUGCAGUCCUCCAACUACGACCCCCAGGAGAUGUGGAACUGCGGCUGCCAGAUGGUGGCCCUCAACUUCCAGACGCCGGGGGAGCAGAUGGACCUGAACCAGGGCCGCUUCCUGCCGAACGGCCGCUGCGGCUACGUCCUGAAGCCCGGCUUCCUGUGCGAGCCCGACUCCAACUUCAACCCCGAGAACACGGGCGGCGGCCCGGGCCACGUCCCCACCAUGCUGAGCAUCCGGGUGCUCUCGGCCCAGCAGCUGCCCAAACUGAACACGGGCAAGCCCAACUCCAUCGUGGACCCGCAGGUGUGGGUGGAGAUCCACGGCGUGGGCAUCGACAACACCCGCGACAGAACGCACCGCGUCAACAACAACGGCUUUAACCCCAUGUGGGACUGCACCCUGACCUUCCAGCUGCAGGUGCCUGAGCUGGCGCUGGUGCGCUUUGUGGUGGAGGACCAUGACCACACUUCUAAGAACGACUUUGUGGGGCAGUUUACCCUGCCCUUCACCAGCUUCCGUACAGGGUACCGACACGUGCACCUGCUGAAGGCCGACGGCUCCAGCCUUUCUCCCGCCACCCUCUUCAUCCACAUCACGGUGUCCCGCAGGGGCAUCCCCAUCAAGAGCGUGUCCCGGCGUAUGGUGUGACCCCUCCCCCCCCUUCCCCCGUCACUCACGCCUUGGCUCCGCCCACGCUAAAGGAGAGAGCCCUCCCGCUGGGGGGCGGAGUCAGAGGGGUUGAGUUGCGGCCUGCCUUUCUCCACUAUCUCCUCUCGACACCUGCAGAAGUCCGGACGAAACAGCUUCCCCCGGCUGAAGACAGGAACUGCCCACCAUGCCGGUCGCCAUAGAGACUGGAGCUGAUUGGCGCCUCUGGGGUAUCUUGGGUUAGAGUAGCUCACCUGCCAGGCGGGCAGGAAGUGGGCUCGGAGAAGGCCCUCGGUCACGUGAUUAAGGUGCUGGGAUUUUCAGCUGCGUUCUAAACGCCAACGCCUUGGUGUUCGAGUCCUUAUUCAUAGAGAUAGGACUGUCUACGCCCAAUUAAAGUUUUAUCGUGUUUUAAAUGUCUUUUUAACUGAGGCUUGACAUUUAGAAAAGUAGCAGAAACAGGGGAAAACCCAGAGAUAUAUUACGAGGAAUAUUGUGCCCAGCGGAUCUGUACUUAAAUGAUGUAGAUGUAUCAUUUAUGGGAGAUAAUUACUUACUGGAGGGAACAUCUGUGUUGUUCCACAUAGACUUAAUUAGAGUACUAAUUAAAUAUUGAAGGAUAAGGCUGGAUAAAUUCAUUGCACCUUCUAAAGAAAAACGGAGAAUAUUAGAGUACUGCGGCUCAUCUGUGUAUAUAGACUGUGACAGCAAUGUUGCCCAGGUAAUGUCCUCUUAAAGCUACUGUAAUGUUACACUAACACACACUUUUGUCAUACAUACAGGACCUGAGCUGUGACUGUGACACAUUUUAACCAUUUUAACUAUUUUAGGAUAAUGUUUAGGUGUGAUUUUCCCAUACGAAAAGCCUUAGGUGUGGGAUUGAACCUAUCUGUACAGAAAUACUACAUCUCCAUGCCUGCUUUGUACAGAGGUAUCAUGUGACUUCACUAAGUCUGUGACUGAAGAUUUGAUUGACUGGCCCUAUCAGGAGUUAAUGAAUUGGUCAUAAACUUGGGGGAUUUAUGUGGUCUGAGGCCUAACCCAGUUCUUUAAUUUUUUUUAAAGUAUUCAUAUGGUUUGUUUACAUUGCCAAUUUGGUAUAUCAUUUUAUAUUGUCUGAGUUGAAGCGUCUUUGCUCUUUGUCGAUUUAUUAUCAUUAUUAAUGAACAGGUCAGUGGUUGUGAUGUCAUGACCCCUAACAACUGUGCCUCCUCUUUUCUUAGUAUGAAGUAUGUCUUAGAUAUACCUUGCACUAUUGUAUUGAUGUCACUAUUGAUGAAUGUUAAUUGAUCAGAAAUACUGAACAUUGUUCAUCAUAAGACCAGUCACAAUGCUAUAAUUCAUACUGACCAAGUCAGUUGCGAACAACUGGCUUUAAGUGGAUAUGACUGGAAAAAUAGUCUUCAUUUCAGUCAGAAUUCCCUCCGUUUUGCUUUUUUCAGAAAUGUGAACGUCAACUUCCUUUGUCUAUAGUUUUGUUCAAACUGCCUGC